AUGGAGCAUUCGUCUGAACUACCCGAAGACAAUAUCGUGGAUGUAUUAAAUCGUUUGCCUUCAAGACCACUGGCAAGGUUCAAGUGCGUGUCAAGGCGUUGGCAUGAAUAUAUCUCUGAAACUAUCCGCUCUCAGAAAUGGAGAAAGUUCCCCACUAUGAUGGGCUUUUUCUUCCAAAAUGACGAAUUGGGUUCUCUAGGGCAUAUUCGGUUCCUCUUUACUACCAAAAAACCAGAAAAUUUUGAUGACUCUCUGGACGAGUCCUUUCAAUAUAUGGAUUGGGACGUAGCCAUUGUUGCUUCUUCCAAUGGAUUUCUUCUCGGCAGUCUGAAUCAAAAGCACCCCAUGCGAUAUUGUGUUUACAAUCCAGCAACAACUCAGUGUGUAGCCUUGCCAAAAACUCGCAGAUUGUAUAAUUCAUGGGCACUAGGGUUCGUUUGUGAGCCGGAUGAAGAUGACACAUGCACGGAUGCUAUAAGCUUCACGGUGGUGCGUCUAGGGCUCCCAAACAGUAGAGUUCUAUUGUUGAACAAGUUAACUAUUGAGAUCUUCUCCUCUGCAACCCGUUCAUGGAAGACAAUUUACAUAAACCUGAAUGGGCAGCAUCUGCCUCUUAUGUUAUACCGAGUGGACAAGCGUACGCCUGCCGUGGUAAUUGGUAAAGUCUUCUACUGGUUAGAUUACUUGGGACGAAUUAUUGCUUGCGAUUUGGCGCAGAGAAAAUUUAUGUUGAUGAAUUUUCCCCAAGGGAAUGUUUCUGAUGGGAGGUCAAGGCUUCUAGUUGUGUUAAAUGGGCAACUGUGCUAUGCAUCCAUAAAUUUUUCAUAUCUUGAGCUAUGGGUAAUCAAUCACUGUUUUCUCAGCAGAAGUGUUGAGUGGGUUUUGAAGGAUAGAGUUAGUAUUGAGACUCUAAGUAUGGAGACUUUUGGAUUUGUAGAUCCUCCAAAAUAUGCUAUGCUAGUAGGGUUUCAUUCUACUGAUACAAACGUUAUUUAUUUUAGUAUUUGGGGUCAUAUAAUUUCUUAUAGGUUUGACACCGGAACAGUGGAACUGGUGUUUGAUUUUGGUGAGUCCGGUAAGAAAAUCGAAGACUACAAGUUCUAUCAAUACGAGUGGCAUAAGUGGCCUCGAGUUCUUCCAUUUCUUAGAGGAAAGCAAUCGAUGUGA